UUGCAUAUGCUCAUAUAUUCGAAUAUGUCACAGGUGGGAAGGUAUGAGUACAUUUUCUUGGUCCAAACUAUACUCUCAGAACAAUAUCGCUUAAGCUUCAACUGAAUGAAAUUAGGUGAAUUCAAUGACGAGAUUGGUUUCUUUCCUGCAAACAGAGUCCGUCUUGAAUUACCUGCAGAAAAAUUUCAGCAUAAUGUAACUAUGAAGUUGACCGUAUUUGGGGUUGGAGAGAAAAGCUCAUCAAUGAAUGCUUUUUGAUAGGAUUCUCAGCUCAGUAAUAUCAGUAGCCAUGAUACCGUAGUGGAAGACCUUAUGGUGCCGCCUCCAGCUGUACCAUCCAGAAGUAAUAGUCCUCAAUUACAGCAAUUAUCUAUUUCACCCGCCUCUCCACCGCACGAAAAUCAGCGAUGUCACCAUUCUGAAACAAUCAAUACAACUACCCCCACGAAUACCAAUACUGCGUUUAAUCAUUCAGCAUCGUUAUCUCGAUCAUCAAGUUUUCGCGAUAAGAAAAAGGACAAUUGUAAUGCUGUGCACUCUUUACCACCGGGUUGGGAAUAUGCUUACGAUCAAAAUGGUACUAUUUAUUACUUUAAUGAGACAACCGGUGAAUCCCGAUGGGAUAAACCUCAACAUACCACAGCUGAAGAGCAGGAUAUUUCAACAGAUUUAGCGGCAACUCCAGCAGCAUCACUACAACGUGAAGAAACAGCAUUUACUCAAGGACUUCAUCCUGAAGAAUUAAGAAAACUAGAGCUCGAUAAAUUCCAAAAAGAAUGGAUACGACAUAAAGGAUUCAUUCAGAUGAAGAUGAUCUUGGAUAAAGAAGAUUAUACCAAUACUAGCAACAACAACAACAACAACAGCAACCCUUCUUCUUUUAGUAAUGCUACAACAACACAUAACAACAAUGCAUCCGUCAACAAACUAAGCUCUUGGAAAGUUUACUAUGCCGUUUUGUCCAACGGAUUUCUUUUAUUGUAUAAGGAAGCUCAUGCAAAAAGUAAAAAGUCAAGUAGAACGCAUGUUCCUGUAGGCGGAUUUGAUUUAGAAUCAUGUCACAUUGAACCUGCUGGAAAACAAGAUACAAAAAGGAAACAUGUAUUUAUCAUAUCGACGCCAAAACAUGUCAAACUAUUCAUUCAGGCGGCAAAUGAAAAGGAGUUCUCAAUUUGGCUGGAUGCUAUUAUGCGAGAACUAAUAGCUCGUAAAGAAAAGCAAAACGAUGAUACCGAGAUCAUGAGGCUGUUGAAAUCACUGACUUUUGAUGAAACUUCAAUGAAAGUCAACAGAAAAAUGUCAGAAGAACAUCAACAUCAUGGUGAUGAAAAUAGUGGUAAUAAGAAGAUUGGCAACUGGUUUAAACAGAAUAGUAGUAACAGUGGUGGCAGUAAUAACGGCGCCUAUAAUAACGCUCGUAUGCUGGAACAUAAGUUUAACACUUAUAAUCGACAGCCACCAUCCAGCAAUGAUGAUGAUGAAUUUGGAGGAUUUUUACAUAUGGAGGAAAAUGGAGACAUUCCCAAAGUUGUUAGUUUAUGUGUAAGAGAGGUGGAAAAGAGAGGCUUGAAGUCAGUGGGUAUCUAUCGGUUAUCAGGGCCUGCUUCUACCAUACAAAAAUAUAGAAAUGCCUUCAAUAAAAAGGAAUUUGUGUCAUUUGCAAACGAACCUGACAUAAAUGCAGUAACCGGCUUACUAAAGCUUUAUUUCCGUGAACUUCGCCAUCCAAUAAUGACAUAUGAAUACUAUGAUUAUUUUAUGGAAGCAGCCAAAAUUGAUGAGUAUGAGGAAAGGAUGUAUCAAAUCAAAUCUGUCCUUCAUAGUCUACCUAAACCAAACUAUAUGGUAUUGGAGUAUUUGAUGCGUCAUUUAAAUUUAGUCGCAUCAUUUUCUGAAGAAAAUAAGAUGGAAGCCUCCAAUCUCGCUCUCAUUUUUUCGGUGGGUCUAUUGAGAUCGCCGUCUGAAGAUCUUAGCAGUAUUAUGAAGUCUGAUUUAUCGAGUAAAAUUGUUGAAGCUAUAAUACAGCAAGUAGAUUGGUUUUUUGAAGAGGAUAAAGAUAGUUACGAACAUGCUGCAACAGAAGAUAAUAGUUCGGUUGUCGGCGCUUCUGACAAUUAUGAAAGAGUGCGUGAAGAUAUUCUAGUAGAUGUGAAUGAUACAAAGGGUCAUGUUGACAGUAGCUUGUCAGUGACGAGUAGUUACAACCAUAAUACAGAUUAUAUCUCUUCGACUACACCAACUGAUAAUGAUAUUAUUAGCACUAUCACCUCACCCACGUAUACUCCUACAGUGUUUCAAGAUGCCAGUGCACAUUCCUAUCCACAACAACCAGCUAAAAGGUCUUCAUCGUUAUCAAGACCAUAAUGCUUUUUAUUACUUUUUAAAAAUAAAAGACAAAGUAAUGUGUAUAUUUAUAUAUUACGUUUAUAUUAUACUAUAGGAUGUAGGGAGAAUGAUAUUUACAAAUUCUGAUAAUUUUCGACUUUACGUAUCU